CAACCUCUAUAGUUACAGCUCUGCCAACAAAGAUGGUCACUCAUUGAAACUCACCGACUUUAUUUUCAUUCUUUAAUGCUAAGCUGAAUAUGUUUAUUUUUCAGAUAUUGUCAAUUAUUCUUAAUGAAUUUUAAGAAAAUACAAGAAUGAGCCUAUCGGUGACCCAGACGGUUCAGAGGCAAGACGGGUUGAGGGGAUACAGACAGCACCGGGUACAUGACUAUUUGUACGGUGAGUGGUUUUUAAUUCGGAAAUUGUUGAGAGUUCAGUCCCCGAAGGCAGUGCGGUUACCUUUGUAUUUUAAUGCUUACAUGAAACAACUUCUGUGCAAAAUUAAAGUGUCGGCCAAAGUAAUUGAAAUCAAUAUGCUUUCCUACAAAAAGUAUCAUACAUCUGUUAAAAUCCAAGAUAAUAGACAGGAUAAUUGUGAUGUUUCAGGAGUAAAUCGCUGGAAGUAUUUUAAGCGUCCACUGAUUCCUUUUUCCCAGCACUUGCCACCGGAUGUUGUUUUUGCAGUACCGAAAGCAGAUCCAUAUGCAACAUCUGACAGUGCACCAGGCAGACCUUCCACCCCUUUUGCACGUACAGUAGCUGUCCAAACAGACUACAGGGACAGUGAGGCCCAGACUGACCCCUACUCCCCUGAAUAUGUAAUACGUCCAGGAUCUGCUCCAAGACUUCUGACACUUGCCACGCUAACAUGGGGCCGGGGCCUUCCCGCUGGCUUGGCGGAGGUGGAGAUGAUAGAACGGGCUCAAGCAAAGCGAGCCUGGGAAGCCACUCUGCCCCCAUUAAAUGAUCUUUCCCAGCUGGACAAAAGAAGGAAGAUGAUGGACGAAAGGGAAAGAAAAGAGUGGGCAUUCCGAGAAGAAGAAAUAGAAAAGCUGCAGGAGGCCCGACUGGGGGUCCUGAUGAAGCUCCUCAAGCAGCGAGAAGAGGUGCAACAGGAGGCAGAUGUCAAGCGCCUUGAUGACCGCUUUGCACAGCACCAGCACAAGAAGGAAGCAAAACUGAAGAAGAUACGCAACAAUUACAUCCAAGCCAUCAGAAAAAUCACUGGGCAAAGGAAGAACGUUGAAGGAAAGCUACAAGGGAGAAACAUCAUUCAGGAGUUUGCUGACUAUGGGUCACAAACCUACGCUCCUCUUUCUCGGAUGGGCCUGUUUCCUGAUCGAAAUUCGGAACGAUAUGUAGUGAAAAACCAAUUCCUCAAUACUUAUGAAGGCUUGCUGGAGCUGGAGGCAUCACUACCAGAUUAUGUCACACAACCACGCUUGAAGGCUCCAAAACCCAAAAGCAGAAAAGGCCGCACUGCUCACCAGGAGAAAGAGUUGACAGAAAUACACAAGACACUGAUAGAGGAAAAGUCCAAAAGUAAGGAGAAGAAACCCUUGCGAUUCCUCUAUAAAAUAGAGAAGCCAGCCCCUCGACCUCCAACUCCAGUUGUUGAAAGCCCGCCUGAGGGUGAGGAGGAGAAAGAAUUGGCCAUAAUUUUCCUUCAGAAGCUUUUGCGAGGAAGAGCUAUUCAAAAUAUGGUGAGUGGCUUUAUUUUAACAAUGGAAAGCUACAAAUCAGGUGUUGCAGGUGGCAUCCUGGCAGAUAUGUUCAACUACUUGUCCAAGGAGUUGGUUCGUCUCCAGGAGGAAAGACGCAUUCAUGCCUUCACCAUCCUGGCAGAGAGAGAUAGGAGAAUCCGAGAAGCAGAGGAGAGCGGUCGGCGUCAGGUGGAGGAGAGAAGGCGGCGGGAAGAAGAUGAAAUGUUCAAACAGGUCUCUUGGGGGCCCUUUCUCUUGAAGGGUAUUACAUAGCAGCAAAAGCACCAGGGAACACAACAUUCAAUCAGUGUAUAAUGUCUUCUACGCUGAAGUAAUAUUAUUGUAACUAAUUUUUUUUUUAGAAAAGUCUUGAGGUGCCAGUAGAAUCUGGUUUCCAGUAAGGUGUUUCUUAGGAAACACGAAAACAAAAUGCUUCCGUAUCGGACAACAACAUUUAUAUUAUCACAACACACCGUCACACUUAACAACAUAAAAAAGCACGUGAUCUAGUUCUUCUGCCAUAAGCACUAUGAACCAAUUAAAAUGAUUUAGGCACAGCGUUAAAAUGUUUUUAAUUUUCUCAGUUUCAGAAGUGCUGCCUUUAGGGCGGUCACAUUUGUUUUAGAUAUUGUUAUGUGAUUCAACCAAGCAUGGACUCUAUAGCAUUCAUGCCCAAGCUCUCAGAUUGCAGAGGAAGACAAAGCCACUCAUUUCUGCUUUAAGGCAGUUUUCUUUAUGGUCCACUGCUAAAACCCAUGCUAUGUGUUACUCAUGAAGGACGCCUUAAAUCAAACACACUCUUUAUUUUUGUGAACUUUAUUCUUUUGUAUUGUUAUUGUCAUCUUCAGCAUGUGAGUAUGUCUAUUCAUUAUUUUCAGUGACUGUGGCUUUGAAUUCUGCAUGUCACAUUAUUUAUUGCCUGUCAUGAUAAUUUGCAGAACUUAUGUUCUGCAUCUACAUACUGUCACAUAU